AUGGACCAAGCGAUCGCUACUCUACUCCUUUCCCCCUCAAUCGGCAGCUACUCCCGACACCAGCAUAUUCUCAAAACAGCAUUCUUUACCAUUUCAGGAGAUCCAUCCCAGAGCCACCUCAACCCACUUCAAAUGUCAUUAUCCUCCACAGGCGCCCGCCCGGAUGGCAAGGCAUCUCAAUUACUUGCAGGAGCGCUCAGGACUGGUUCCACCCGGCCAUCUGGGUCUCAACCGUUUCAAUGGGCUUGCCUAGUCUUCACAAGAUUACCCUUCUUUAUCGUACGUCAAGAAGAACCCAGAUCAUCUGUUCAACCCUGCGCAGAAGCCCGACAAAUCCAAUUUCGAGAAGUACAUCAAGCUUCAGCAGGGAAAAGCAAAGGCUCAACCAACCGCGUAGGGUGCGCGACCCUAAUCGCACAUCUGCCCAUUCAGAAAGACUUUAAGCAAGGUCUUCGCGACCGCAGACGCUACGCGCUCUGGGAUGACGAUCGAAUUGCCGCGAAGAAGUCCACUGAGCAGGGAGAUCGGCAGACCAAGCGGGCGGGCCAAGAAGCGAUGGAUUUUAGCAACAAGAAUAAGGACAAGCGCAGGUCACACCCACAAGAGGACGCUAAGGCAGGAGAGAACUACACCAAGUUCACUAUCCCUAUACAUCAAAUCCUAGCCCAAGUGAAAAACAAACCUUGGGUAAGAAGACCGCCACCCUUGAAAGGAGAUCCGACAGGAGGGAUACUAGCAAAUACUGUGCCUUCCAUGGGACGCAUGGACACACUACGAACAACUGCUUCGCUUGGAAAGCACACCUCGAAGAACUCGUGA